ACCAAUGAACAAUAAUGCAAAUAUACGUUCUGUUCAAAACAGAACAAUUAGACCAAAUAGUGAUUUAUAUCCAAAUCCAAUUUUACCGGAUGACAAUCAUAAGGUAAAAGAUGGUCAAAGUUCAACCUCAUUAGCUGAUUAUGGACAACUAUCAAGAAACACAUUGAAUACAACGUCGACAGCUCAUAAGUCGUUAGGUAUAUCACAGGCAAAUCCAUUAGGUGUAGGCGUAAGUAAUUUGCAGUUAGAAAACCCUGUAGUUACAACAAAUACUACAAAUUAUAAUACUGCAUCAACCUUUCGAAAUAAAACUAAUAUUCCAUCUUAUCAGGAAGGAAAUAGUGCUUCAGAACAGCGGAAUAUGAAUUUGCAAUUAGAUGAACAAAGAAAAACUAUUGAAAAACAAACGGAAGAGCUUUCAAAAGUGCAAAAGGCAUUGGCUGAAAAAUCUGAAGAAUGCGAUCAAUUGAAAAAUACUAUUAGUAAUAUGAAGACUGAUGAAUCCUUAAAACGAGAGAACGAAUCUCUGAAACAUGAAAAUGAAAUGUUGAAAACGUUUUGGACAAAAUUUAUUCAGGACGGAUCCGUAUUUAAUCAAAAGGACUAUGAUAAAUUGUCAACUAUGUGUGCGUUAAUUCAAGAUUUAUCCCAUCAAAGUGAUAGUGUUCUCAGCCAAUUCCAAAAGGCACAAUGCACGUCUACUAGUUCUGCUAGUUCUGUUAAUUCUAUUAGUUCUACUAGCUCUGCUAGCUCUACUAAUACACCUAUACCUGUUAUAUCAUCACGGAAUGAUGGUGACAUUAAUGCCUGGAAACGUAAUGAUCAGCUCCUGCGUAGCAGACUUAAUCAGUCUCAAUUGGAGAUUUCACUUUUAGAAAAAUCUUUACAGAUGAAAGAUGAAAAUGAGAAAAUGUAUCAACAAGCUGCAAAAUUAGUUCUUGAUCUUAAACUUGAGCCUCUGAAAAGUUGUGUGGAAUUUCAAAAUAAUGUUAGAGCAUUAAUUCCUCCAUCAUUAAUUUCAGAAAAUUUUCGUUUGAACACUAAUCAUACUACUACUAGAAAGGACGCUCCCAUAAACGUCCCUACCUCAAAAGCUAGCAAUGAUACAGUAUCGAACAAUACUGCAAAAAGCAACAAUAUAAAUGUACAGGCGAAUAAUUCUCUUUCUAAUUCGGAUAACAACACUUCUAAUGGCGUAAAAGGUGUGGAGACUGUAGAGUCUGUGACCGACACUACCACAGUCAGAAAUUCCACAAAAACCAAGAAUAAUAUUGAAGCGAAUGUUAUCACGUCAACAAAUGUUAUUGUCCCUAAAUCUAAAGCCGUUGCGACUACCACCAAAAUUUCCAAACCGUCAGUGACAACUGACAAAAAUGGUACAUCAGCUGUUUCUAGAAAAAUUGCGGCUAAAACGAAUGUGGGAGCAUCAAACCCUGCCAAUUUAGGAUCUAAAGCGCUUGUAAUACCAAGCAAUUAUACUCAAGAAGAGGAAGUAUUUUGCAAUUGGGAUCUGUGUAACAUGUCAUUUACAACAAAGCCAGAUUUGAAAAAACAUGUAAUGUAUACUCAUUUUCAAGAUUACGAGACAGAGUUGAAACAAUAUAUAUUGACAUUAGAUCGUUAG